ACUCCAUUGGCUUACAUCCUAGAAGUGUCUGGAAUGUUGUCAAUGCCGGCGACGGGUACAUCAGGGUAAUGCAACCAUCCCAGCCUACCCUAUCCGAACCUAUACUACCAAAGUCUAUGGACAUACGAGUGGAGCGAGAUAUUGUAGAACGGCUUAUCAAUAGCUACUUCUCAAACAUCUCCCCCAUCUUUCCGGUCAUCACCAAGUCCGAAUUUGUUGCGUUUCAACCGAACCCACCUCCUAUGCUUCUAUACAGUAUUUGUUUGAUGGCAGCUUCGUUGCGAGAUACGCCUGCAGGAAUAUUCGACCAUCUGAGACGCACCGUCGCCAGUCUCAUACGCAGCGAGGAUGUCCUUUCAACUCCAACUCAAGCCAACGUGCAAGCCCUACUGAUUCUCAGUAUGGCUGGAGACUGUCAUGGGACACAAGGCAAUCUGCUCAUGUCGUAUGCGUGGACGAGGACCGGAACCGCCAUCCGCAUGGCACAGGACCUUAAUCUCCAUAGAGCAGAGAUCAGCAGGGAUGGUAUUCGGCGGCAUUUGGCUAUCCUCAGAUCAAGGUAUCGGAUACCUCAAUGCCCUUACAAGGCUGUCCAUCAUUCUGGGCGAGGUGUUGAAAGCGAUUUACAGGAUAUACUGCGUCGCCUGGAACUAUGGAAAAUACACCUCCCAGAAGAACUAGCAUUCACAGGACCAGAUUCAGGGCCUGCGGCAGUGUUCAUGCGAAUCAGCUUCAUCUGCCCACCACAUAUUCAAUUCUGUCUCAACGUGACAGAAUGGAGCAAAGUUAUAGACAAUUCUCGCUCUGCCAUCGAGUGGUUCGUCAAGCACGACCGAUACUGGGAAACCUGGUUCCCAACAUCAUACGCUCUCGUUAGUUGCGCUCUCUGUCAG